GGCAGCGAACGGUUUUUGCACUGGCCUCCGGCAGGCGCCCCCCGGGGGCGGGGAGCUGCCCCACAGCAUGGAACCACAGGUUACUCUAAAUGUGACUUUCAAAAAUGAAACUCAAAGCUUUCUGGUUUCUGAUCCAGAAAAUACAACUUGGGCUGAUGUUGAAGCUAUGGUAAAAGUUUCAUUUGAUCUGAACACUAUUCAGAUAAAAUACCUGGAUGAGGAAAAUGAAGAGGUAUCCAUCAAUAGUCAAGGAGAAUAUGAAGAAGCACUUAAGAUGGCGGUUAAGCAGGGAAACCUACUGCAGAUGCAAGUCCAUGAAAGCUCCCGGCUUGUCGAGGAAGCCCCACUCCCAGCCGUAGCAGAAAAACGACCAGUUGUGAGGGCAGGGAAGAAGCCACUGGCCCAUUAUUCUUCACUGGUGAGAGUCUUAGGAUCAGACAUGAAGACCCCAGAGGAGCCUACAGCACAGCGGCUCCCACUUGCUCCCCAUAACACAGACCAGCCUCAAGACAAGCCCCCAGACUGGUUCACGAGCUACCUGGAGACAUUCAGAGAACAGGUGGUCAAAGAAACAGUUGAGAAACUGGAACAGAAAUUACAUGAGAAGCUUGUCCUCCAGAACCCAUCAUUGGGUUCCUGUCCCUCAGAGGUCUCCAUGCCUAUUUCAGAGGAAACGCUGUUUCUGCCGGAAAACCAGUUCAACUGGCAUAUUGCUUGCAGCAGCUGCCAAAGGAGGAUCUUUGGUGUGCGCUACCAGUGCAGCCUAUGCCCGUCCUACAAUAUCUGUGAAGAUUGUGAAUCAGGGCCAUAUGCCCAUGACUCCAACCACAUCCUGCUGAAGCUACGGAGACCUGUUGUGGGUUCUUCUGAAGCAUUCUCUCACCCAAGGUUCUCUGCCCCUCGUCUUCCUGCUGCUCUGGAACAAGCCAGGCUCCAGAAACAGGUUGACAAGAACUUUCUUAAAGCAGAAAAGCAAAGGUUGCGAGCCGAGAAGAAACAGCGAAAGGCAGAGGUCAAGGAACUCAAAAAGCAGCUUAAGCUCCACAGGAAGAUUCACCUGUGGAGUUCCAUCCACGGACUCCAGAGCCCCAGGUCCCCUUUGGGCCGACCCGAGAGCCUGCUGCAGUCAAACACCCUGAUGCUCCCUUUGCAGCCCUGUGCCCCAGUUAUGCCAACCCUCAGUGCAGCAUUUGUGGAUGAGAAUUUGCCUGAUGGGACUCACCUUCAGCCAGGAACCAAGUUUAUCAAACACUGGAGGAUGAAAAAUACAGGAAACGUCAAGUGGAAUGGAGACACAAAGCUCAAGUUCAUGUGGGGAAACCUAACUUUGGCUUCUACAGAAAAGAAAGAUGUUCUGGUUCCCUGCCUAAAGGCCGGCCAUGUGGGUGUUGUGUCCGUGGAGUUCAUCGCCCCAGCCUUGGAGGGAACGUACACUUCCCAUUGGCGUCUUUCUCACAAAGGCCAGCAGUUUGGGCCUCGGGUCUGGUGCAGUAUCAUAGUGGAUCCUUUCCCCUCCACAGAGAGCCCUGAGAACAUUGAAAAGGGCAUGAUUAACUCAAGCAAAGCUGAUGAGCUCACUUGCCAGCAAGAGGAGGCUUUUCUUCUGGCUAAAGAAGACAUUCAGCUUGAUGAAGUAACUGAGCAGUCACAAGGGACAGGAACCUGCAUCCCACAGAAGACAAAAAAUGUUGCCAGUGAGAGGGAGCUUUACAUCCCCUCCGUGGAUCUACUGACUGCCCAGGACCUGCUGUCCUUUGAACUGUUGGAUAUAAACAUUGUCCAAGAGUUGGAAAGAGUGCCCCACAAUACUCCCGUGGAUAUGACUCCCUGCAUGUCUCCUCUGCCGCAUGACAAUCCUUUAAUAGAGAAGCCAGGCUUGGGGCAGAUACAGGAAGAGAGCGAAGGGGCAGGAUUUAAAGCACUUCCUGAUCCCACAGCAUCAGUUAGGAGGAAGGCUGAGAACAUUUCCUCAGUGGAGGAAGCAGAAGAUGACCUGAGUGGGACCCAGUUCGUGUGUGAGACUGUAAUCCGAUCCCUUACCUUGGAUGCUGCCCCGGAUCACAAACCACCUUGCAGACAGAAAUCCCCACACAUGAAAUUUCCCUCCCCUGAAGAGGGACCACUUGGAGUUGAGCAGGAGGAGGUUGUCCAUGUCGCUGAAGAAGCUGUUGUGGAGGAGGAAGCUAUUGUGGAGGAGGAAGUGGAAGAGGAGGAAGAGGAGGAGGAAGAGGAUGAUGAGCUCAAAGAUGAAGUUCAGAGUCAGUCCUCUACUUCUUCAGAGGAUUACAUCAUCAUCCUGCCUGAGUGCUUUGACACCAGCCGCCCCCUGGGGGACUCCAUGUACAGCUCUGCACUCUCACAGCCAGGCCUAGAGCGCGGGGCUGAAGGUGAACCUGGGGUUGAGGCUGGGGAGAGAGUCGCUGGAGGGGAGAACCAGCCGCAGGGACAGAGCAUCAACGACAUCCUCAUGACCUCACAGACUCUGGACACCGUGCCCCUAACCCCAGAGGUGGUGGGGCCUCCACCACAGCUGCCCAGGAGCCCUUCUUGUGCACAGCAUGAUGGUUCCCCAGGAGUGGAUUUACCAGUCACCAUACCAGAAGCUUCUUCAGUCCCUGAUCAGAUCAGAGGAGAGCCCAGAGGCUCAUCAGGAAUUGUAAACAGCAGACAGAAGAGCUAUGACCACUCAAGACACCACCACCAUGGGAGCAGCAUUGCUGGAGGAUUGGUGAAGGGGGCUUUGUCUGUUGCUGCUUCUGCAUACAAGGCCUUGUUUGCUGGGCCACCAGUCACUGCCCAGCCAAUAGUUUCUGAAGAUCAGACAGCAGCCCUGAUGGCCCAUCUCUUUGAAAUGGGAUUCUGUGACAGGCAGCUGAACCUAAGGCUGCUGAAGAAACACAAUUACAACAUCCUGCAGGUUGUGACAGAACUGCUUCAGGUCAACAACAAUGACUGGUACAGCCACCGCUACUGAGGAGUGACCCUGUAUUAAAUAACUGCCUGCUGCUCAGAGAUGAUCUUUAUUCUGUCCUUGGGGCAUGGGGGAGAAGCCCUUGCUUAUUUUUUAAUCCGAUGAAUCUAUAUAGAGCCCAUUAUUGAGUUAUCAAGAC